AGGGGCACAUGAAGUGCUGCCCCGUGGAGGGCGGGCGCUUCCUGGAGAUGCACAACGCCCUCCCGCCGAGCCACCCCUGGGCGGGCGGCGCGGUGGCGGAGAAGGAGCGUGUCCUCCUCGCCUUGACGAGUUCGGUGCUGGACGAGAUGUCGACAAGUGCCAGCAGCAGGAGCCCAGAGGACCGGGGGCGGCUCGAGCGGCUCAGGACGGCCAGCGAUUCCUACCUGCACCGGUGCUACGCGUGGGGCCUCCUGGAGGUGCUGGACGCCGACCUCCACCGGCGCACCAUGCAGGUGACGCCUGCGCAGGAGCAGCGCGCCCUCGUGGCGUCGCUGCCGCAGCAGUGGGUGAAGCUGCUGGAUUUCGUCUACUUGUGGAAUUCCAAAGUCGAGUUAGAGGGCAAGGUCCUUUUCGUCACCGCGGACAGAGGGAUGCAGAGCUUCGCCGAGAGCGUCGCGCUGGAGGGCGACCAGCACGGGCACAAGGUGCCCGCGGUGCACCUGGACGACCUCAAUUUGCGGUUGUCUGAAGAUUCGGUACACGGCGGUAAAGUUCUUUACGAGGCGAGCCAGAGGCCGGAGGCGACCGCGUUCUGCGGCAGCACCUUCUCCGCGGCCACGCUGGCGGCCCUGGCGGCCGAGCCGCCGAGGCCGCUGAGCGCGGGCGGCGCGGCCGAGGCCUCCGCGGAGGUCCCCGCCGUGGCCGCCGCGGUGACCGCCACAGGCAGCGGCUGGCUCACCGACGCGGCCGCCGCGGUCUCGACCGGCCUCGGCUGGCUGACGGGUGGGGCCGCGGCGCCAGCCGCCGCCCCGGCGGGCCCCGCGACAGCAGGCGC